AUGCAACAGAAUCCUCCUCAUUAUCGACAAUUGAGUAAUCGUUCUCAUUCGCACUUUUCGGAUGAUAGUGAUUAUACAUCCGAUGUAUCAUAUUCAAUAAAUUCUCAAGUGAAUAUAAAUUAUCCAGUUGCACCAAUGUCUCAAUCAAAUGCUAUAUCAUCAAUACAUGAAGAUUUUCCUUCAACCGGAGUAACUAAAAAACCAUUAGCAUUUGUCCAACCAGUUAUUCGUGAUUCACCACGACGAUUUAAUCAUGGUGUAAUGGAAAAAACAAAAUCUUUAAAUCAACAAGAACCAUUAUCAUAUAUUAGUCAACCAAGAAAAAUGAUAAGACAAUUUUCUGAUGAACAAAAGUAA